CAUAUCAUAUCAUCUUACAUCCAACAAAAAACAAAUCAAAACAUAUAAAGACUUUUACCAUGGCCUCUUCUAUAGCUUGUGUGCAAUUUUCAUCCAAUCCAACCAAGAAAUCCAGUGCAAUUCCAUCAAUUUUUCUUGGUACAAAGGUUUCAUCAUUGAAAAAUACUAGAGCUGCUCAGAAUAACAGGAAACAUAGAUCAUUGAAAGUGGUAGCUGCAGUUGGAGAUGUAUCUGCUGAGGGAACAAAUUAUUUGAUUGCUGGUGCUGCUGCUGUUGCAUUGCUUGGAACUGCUUUCCCUAUAAUCUUUUCCCGCAAGGACACGUGUCCAGAAUGUGAUGGAGCAGGAUUUGUGAGGAAAGGAGGGGCAACUUUGAGAACAAAUGCUGCUAGAAAGGAUCAAACUCAGAUUGUCUGUGCAAAUUGCAACGGUCUUGGCAAGCUCAACCAAGUUGACAAGUAAAGAGAAGCCCAUCACCUAAUAAUAUAAUUUCACAAUUCACUGCCUUUGAUCUACUUGGCUACAUCUGCCCCUGCAUAGGUGAAGCCUGCAUCUGCGAUCAGAUCUUUUCUUAAUUCCCUUAUAACCGUUGUACUUGUACUCACUCUGUACUUGUUGAACCUGUAAUUCAUGUGUACACGAAUUUCUCCCUCGCUAAAUUUGCAAGUUCGAAUACAUCUUAACUUCUCAAA